CCUUCCAGAUGCUUUGGAGUCAUGAGCCGGGAGGGGACAGGGACCCGUCUGGUGGCCGAGGUGAUCAAAGAUCGCCUUUGUUUUGCCAUUCUCUACAGCAGACCAAAGAGUUCAUCAAAUGUACAUUAUUUCACCAUAGAUAAUGAACUUGAAUAUGAGAACUUCUACGCAGAUUUUGGACCACUCAAUCUGGCAAUGGUUUACAGAUAUUGUUGCAAGAUAAAUAAGAAAUUAAAGUCCCUUACAAUGAUAAGGAAGAAAAUUGUUCAUUUUACUGGCUCUGAUCAGAGAAAACAAGCAAAUGCUGCUUUCCUUAUUGGAUGCUACAUGAUUAUCUAUUUGGGGAGAACUCCAGAAGAAGCAUAUAGAAUAUUAAUGUUUGGAGAUACAUCCUAUAUCCCUUUCAGAGAUGCUGCCUUAGGGAGCUGCAGUUUCUUCAUCACCCUUCUGGACUGUUUUCAUGCGGUGAAGAAGGCGAUGCAGUAUGGCUUCUUUAACUUCAACUCAUUCAGCCUUGAGGAGUACGAGCACUACGAAAAAGCAGAAAACGGAGAUUUAAAUUGGAUAAUACCAAACCAAUUUGUUGCCUUCUGUGGACCUCAUUCAAGAACCAGACUUGAAAGUGGUUACUACCAACAUUCUCCUGAGGCUUACAUUCCCUAUUUUAAGAAUCACAACAUUACUACUAUAAUCCGCCUGAAUAAAAGGAUGUAUAAUGCCAAACAAUUUACAAAUGCUGGUUUCGACCACUAUGACCUUUUCUUUGCGGAUGGCAGUACCCCUACUGACGCAAUCGUCAAAGAAUUUCUGGAUAUUUGUGAAAGUGCCGAGGGUGCCAUUGCAGUACAUUGUAAAGCUGGCCUUGGACGAACGGGUACUCUGAUAGCCUGCUACAUCAUGAAGCAUUACAGGAUGACAGCGGCCGAGGCCAUUGCCUGGAUCAGAAUCUGCAGACCUGGCUCGGUGAUUGGGCCUCAGCAACAGUUUUUGGUGAUGAAGGAGUCAAGCCUCUGGUUGGAGGGAGACUAUUUCCGUCAAAAGUUAAGAGCUCAGGAGAAUGGAAAACACAAAGCAGCUGUCUCAAAACUCCUCUUGGCUGUGGAUGACAUUUCAAUCCAUGGAGUCGAGAAUCAAGACAAGCAAGAACCUGAACUGUACAGCGAUGACGACGAAAUCAGCAGAGUGACGCAAGGUGAUAGACUCCGGGCCCUGAAAAGCAGAAGACAAUCCAAACGGAACACUGUUCCCCUCACAGUAAUUCUUCAGUCCAGUGUUCAGAGCUGUAAAACACCUGAACCUAACAUUUCUGGCAGUGCAGGCAUUACUAAAAGAACCACCAGAUCUGCUUCAAGAAAAAGCAGUUUUAAAAGCCUGGUUCCUCAGAGGGGAAGAAGGAAAAGGAAUGCUUUGCAGCAAAUGCCCUUAAUGGCAUUAUGGUACUCUCAUUGCUCCGCUGCUUCUGCACCCCCCCUUUUUUAUUGUUUUUUAUUGUUUUAUUUUUUAUUUUUUGCAGAACUGAGCCCUUUUCUGCUCUGCCUUUCUCUCCUGCUUGUCUUUAUGGUUGGUAUUGUACUGUCUUUUCCGAAGUAUUUGUCAUUAAAGAAUUAUUCCAAGUGUAUACUUUAGCAUGUCAAUAUUUUUUAGUAUGUUGCCUUCCUUGUCUUUGAUAACUGCCUGUGGGACACUUGAAAACCUUCAUGGUAAAAUCCUUUUUUUUUCCCCCGUAGUCCCUCCAUUUCAAGGACUAAAACAGUGUUGCGUUAAGUAAAAAGCUGUGACCAGAACUGAAGGAAGACUCUAGGAACAGAACUACAACAGGACUUAGCACAAUUUAUUUGGAAACAAAACAAAAUUGCAAAAGCCUUAGCUGCUUUCCACCUAAGAAGUUUGUUCAGUGAAGAAUAUGUCCACUGGAGUUGAAAUAACUGCAUGGGCUUGGGUACAAGCGGUGACUUGAAGACAACCCAGCUCUCCCGUGGUAGAAACGGCUCACGUUGAACAACAAAAAAGCUGUUGUAAAUUUAGUCUCAGGUGUAAAUAUCAGAGCCCUCUGUUGUCAGGAGGGCCGACUGCUCUGUGGUGCAUGUGUGUCCCUGUGAUGGCAAUCACUCUAGCUGCUGGCCUUCAGAGGAACGGAGGAUCUGAUGGAGGUCUUUUACCUAUUUAUUUUCUGUUCGCCCUGUGUCAGAGUUUAUAAAGAUAAAACAGGCAUUACUGAAAUGGUACUUCCUGUAAUUUGAUACUAUUUGGUGUAAUUCUCUUCACUUUGAUAUUUGUAAUACUGUCGUCAUGUUAACUGUUAAGUACCCAAGCUGCUUGUGUUCCACCACAGAGUGCUUUAUUAUCAGGACCCCGCGAAAGCCCCGUGUGAAGGCUGCUGCAUGGUGUGGCAGUGGUGGCAGGUGGGCUGUCACCUAAACCUCGCAGGCGCGUAGCAGUAGCUGCUUUAGAAGCCUCAGGAGGAGAAACUGGCCUCAGAGUUGGAAGACUGUUGCAAGUCAUUCCUUUUAUGUCAUCUAGGAACUGAAGAAUUCCAAGGCUGCCCACUAUUUGGUUGCCUGUCAUACAAAUUAAAAUCAUGUUUCCUUCUGUGCAUGAAAAAAAGCCCACACUUUUGGUGUUUCUCUUUGGAAACAGUUUCUCUUUGGAUCCCAAAUAAUGGUGGCUUAAGAAAAACAACCAUACUGCUUUAUUGGGGUCUUUCUCUGUAGCAUUGUGGACUUUUUCUGUUAUGUGAUCAGCCCAAGGCUGUUUGCGCACCCUUUGAUUUCAGCGACAGUUAUUCACGUCUGUAUUUCAGUUUGUCCAUAAGAUACUCACUGUUGCCUUCCAUUAGGGAAUCAGCUCUUUGCAGAGUGCCUUCCCCCCUCCACCCCUACAGAAACACAGCGGAGUCUGUGAUGUAGAGCAAUCACAGAGUUUAUUUGCUGCUAAAAAAACAAAAAAGAGGCCCAAAAUAAGAGAAUAUUUUUCAAAUAGUUUUAAGCGAAUGGUUUUAGUUAUUGUUAACCAGUGUUGGCCUGUCCUAGUUUGGAGAAAACAGGCAUAGUAUUGUAGGCAAAACGCCUUCACAAUACAAGAGGAGUGAGUGAGGUCAGUAGGCAAUUCCAUUUUUACACAGCACUGAGGAAUAGGAAGUAGUUGGUAUAAACAGAUUAAAGUCUUUGAAUGCAGAAAUAAUUGGAAGGCCUUGGCUCCAUUUGGUUUUGACUCUCUUGGAGUAAUGGUGAGGUCGACUGACUCUGAGGGGAGAUGGAAGACGCUGCCGUUUUGGCUAAACAAGCAGUUCUCCCGCAUCAGGCUGUGGGGGUCGGGCCCCACCAGCUUUUGCAAACGGGACUAGACCCAAAGACCCACUUCCCUGGCGGGACGAGCGCUGCUCAGUAAGCCCGGGGUGGGAGGAGAGACAUUCCAUCCGCUGUGUUGUGCCGGGAGGCUGUGCGAGGCACUCGCCCAGGCACCGGCACCGCUUUCUCAGGGCAGCUCUCCUUCCCUGUAUCUUUUCCAAGGCCACGUCCUGCGUAGGUAACCCAGGCGGUUGUGAAAGUCAGAGUCCCGUCCGAACCGUGCUCAGUUUGCCUUUUUAUUACUUCAGAUCCAGUAGCUGCUACUCCCUCCCAGCGAAUAAGCCGCUUGGUGUCUUGGCCACGAGCGAGAAGUUUGGGCUUCAGUGUUAACCACAGUACUUGUUAUUUUAUUAGUUGCCCUGUGUUGGCUGCUCACGUACCCAGCUAGCAUUGCUGUCACUGUGGCUCUUUCUAAAACUCCUUGUGUGCAACAGGCUUGUUCCUGAGAUUGGUCAUAGGAAACUAAUGAUUCGAUAGUCAUUUUUUGAAACACAAAAAGGGCAUAGCAACAGCGUUAAACUCACGGGGGCACAUCUAGAAUCCAGGAAGCCUCUGGGUGGGACUGGUGGAAAGUUCUUGCUCUGACUCAGAGUGGACUGAUUCUUUUUUCCCCCCAACUGAACCUUCACACCCAGAACCUUCUGAGAUUCUAAUUUUGAGCCCUUGUCAUAGGAGACCUGUUGCUAUGGAAUGUGAAACGGCAUGUCAGACGGAGAGAUUCCUUUAACUUCAGAGCCUUAAAUAGCUCUGAAAGUACACCACACAGUUCCCAUUGCAAUUAAAAUUAGAAAUGAAUAUUUUUAGGUGCCCUUGAAGCUUUGUGGGGACUCAAAUCAUCAAAAGCCAGGGGCAGUCCAAAGGAAGGAUGUCUGCAAAACUGGGUACCUAGAAGUGUAGACAGAUCUCUGUUUUGUGUGAAAGGAAAGCUAGGGAGUUAGGAGUCCGACCUGCGGUGAGGAGGGCGGGUCCCGAGCACAGCCUCACCGAAACCAGUAGCCUCACCUGUCAGGCGUGGCUGCUUCCCAGCGCUUGCUGCACUUCUGGUCCCCAGGAUUGGUCUGUUCCAAACUUGAUC